CGGCUACACAGAGGAACAGCCGAGUUGGUGGUAAGGUUAGUCCACUCUGACUGUCGUUUCGAGGCGUAUCUGAAGGAAGAUUUUCGGGAGAAUCUCUUUACGAAAUUAACGAGGAAGAAAAGGUUUACCGAAGAUGGGAGGCAGUCAGAGCAAGAGAAAACUGGUUCCCAACCGCCCACCGACACGCCCACAAAUCGCCGAGGAAGCGCCGCCCACGAGUACCCGCCUACGCCCCGCCCAUCCCACGCCCAAGGCCUCCGGAAGUGGGCGUGGUGGCGGCCCGAAACCCAAGAUGGUUCCUCCUGAUGGGGGGUGGGGGUGGAUGGUCGUCUUUGGGACGGCGCUGACUGUGUUCUUCUUCCCCGCCAUGACUGUGGCUUUCGGCGUCCUGUUCAGCGACCGCCUCGAGGAGAUGGGAGCGGGGAAGACCGAGUUCACUAUCAUUGGAAAUUUGCUGAGCAGCGUGUGGAGUUUCGUGGGUAAGUGAGAGCGCGGUAUGGUGGUCGUGGUGGUAAUGAGGUUGGUGAUGGUGAUGGUGAUGGUGAUGAUGAUGAUGGUGAUGGUG